GAUACAUUAGCCCAUGUAUUCUACUAUAGGUGUAACAGUCUCACUUCAUACAAUGUACCAUGUUGUUAAUAUCUGAGACUUCAGCAGAAAAUCAUUCGUUGAAACAACAUGCAUCAUUCUACAAAUUAAGGGGAAUUCUCAGUCUGGAAGCCGCAUUUCAAGAGUUAGAAUCAUGAUUUUUUUUACGAAUGAACUAACAGUCUUAAUGAAUGAACUUUUUUUCAAGAUUUAUUACAUAAAUUUGUGAACUUGUGUGAUUUUUUAUGUGUAAAAAUAUCAAAAACAGACUGUGGUAUAAGCAAUGAUGUAGCGGCCCUGUGGACGUGGGUGCCCAAUCGGUGCGAUAUCUGAAGGUUAUAAAUUUUAUGUGAAAAGAAGAAAGAUUCUUAAAUUAUAAGUUAUUGGUUAUCGGUUUACGUAAGUUGUGUGGAAAUUUUGAAAAUUGUCCAAAUUGCAACCUCUUGAAGGCAAGACCUCCGCUUUGCACUUUAAAGAAACACGGUAAUUUCAUUAUUAUUAACAAAUGCAUUGUCCAAAUAACAAGAGCUUAUGUGAACUAAAAAUGCCUACUGUUUCGAGGAUAAAUGCACAAGGCCAAAUCAAUAGUGUGACUGUUACUCAAGGUAUCAGUCAUACCGCAUUAAGAAAUGUAGUUUCGAGAUAAUCGCAACCGACUGAUAUCGAAUAUCAAUGCGCACUGUUUCGUUUCAAUGGCUGCAGCUUCGUCAAUUCUUAGAUUUUUUCUAUUGUUUUGGGUUCAAAAUAAGCUUAAAUCAUUUCACUUCAAAGAUAUAAAAGAGAAAAUAUUGAUUUUUGAAAAUUUCCGGACUGGGAUCCCCUCUUAAGAACUUUGUUUUAAAAUUUCAUAACAUAAUUCCUUUCGAUACAUGCAUUACGUUUACUAUUGUCAAUAUUCUUUAUUCUACAAAGCUUAUAGUAUAUUCCCUUUCUGGUGAAGUGAAAAAAAGAAUCAUUGACUGGUGGUACAACUGGAAUGGAUGAUUAACAAAGACCACGCAAUGAAUGACGAGCAGAAGACAUUGAAAUAUCUGGAAGAAGUUGAGGCCAAGGCUGAAGAGAUAUUGAUGGAUAGGCAGGAAAUUGUUGCACUGGAUAAACGAAGGAAUGAUGAUAGAAUGGGGGAGCGGGCUUUGCGGAAUCAAAAAUUUGAUAAAACUUGGAUGGCUGUUGGACCUUUGCUGAUAAAAAUGUCAACAAACUCUGCUCAAGAGUUGCUUGCAAAAGAUCAGAGAGAGUGCGAUGUUGAAAUCAACAAAAUUAGGAGUGAUUUGAGAGUUAAAGUGAACCAGCUUCGUGAUUUAGAGCACACUCAGUCUGUUCCGGGACUAAUGCUAAAUCCAAUGUCUCGUGAAGAAAUGUUAGCAGUAAAUCAAGUUCUUGGCAAAAGUCUUUGAAUGGUUGAUGUUUAAAGAGAUUCAGAUCGAAAAGUUUGACGAUAGUAAGUUAAUAAAGGUAAUAUAAAAUACCUGGUUAUUUGUAACUAGUCAUAGGAAGAGAGAAGCUGAAAGAGUUUAAAUUUUUAAGAAAAGAAACUUAUGGUUGCGGAACCAUUGAGAAAAAUUAUAUAAACGCAAACAUUGCAUCUUAUUAUUUGUUUAUAGUUAUUGGAAAAGUAAGGGUGUUGUUUUGUAAAAAUUUAAACUUUUCAAUAAAAUGUCACAGUGAAU